AUAUGAAUAUCAUGCUUUAUUCACUGUUCUCAGUGCAACCUAAUGGACACUGGUUUGAAUUAAGCUUUUCUCAUGAAUCCAUAUAUGUAAACACCAGAUGGCGACAAACAUUACAUAACACAACAUCACUCUUUUCCUCCUGUGAAGUAAUAUAUUAGAAUUAAUGUUAGAAAUUUGCCAUGAUUUUUUAGCAUUCAGUUUAAUCACCCUAUAAUAUCCUGAAAUUAUGUAUUUAAAAUGAAUGCAUGCAUUAAUACAAACCCUUUUCAUGUACAGAAAUGCUUGCUUCUUCUUCUUUCUUUUUUUUAACACUGAUGUAAAUCUAUAAGUUAAUUGGUGUUUUGAAACUUCAUAAUUAGUUUUCCUGUUACCUCCACUGACUCCACUACAUGUACUACGUGAGGCCUAUUUUGAGUCCCGCCCAAAUGUUUUCUGUGUGACCAGUGCACUCUUAAAAACUCAUUAUGUUCUGGUGUGGCUAUGUUGCAACUGUGUGUUUAUUUGUCAUAUCUGCACCAACAGGACCUGGGUCAUGAAUGGAUAAGGUAUGAUAGAAUACACGUCAUGCCAAGGAGCAUUCCAAGUGGACUGUUUACAGAAGAGGUCUUUUCAUGUGGUUUUGUGUGCCUCCACUGCCCAUGGGUGGGUCUCAUUUGAGGCUUUCUGGGAUGGUGAUGUUGUACUGAGGGACUACGAGGCAGAGCAAAAGGGAGCUCUGUUCUGCUCAGAGGAAAUGGGCGUGCUCCUUGGAAAGUUUGGAUGGAGUGACUGAAAAAAUAAAGGGGGUGCGGCAAGUCUAGAAAGGAGAGGACCACCAAGAGGGGCGCAAUAUUGUAGAGUGGUGAAGCUGCACUUAAACUGCUCCUGAGAUCUGACUUAGAGGAACAUACAAUACCCAGGGGAAUUAAAAAUGGCAUACCUGCUUAUGUUUGUGACCCUGCUGCAUCUCAUCACACUGGCAAUGCUGUUCAUUGCAACCAUGGAGAAGUCCUGGUGGGAGUGGGAAGGCAUGGAGAACUCAGACCUAUGGUACAACUGUAGGUUUGACAACUUCACAGGAACCUGGUUGUGUGCAUCCUCAAAAGAGACUGAGUGGCUUCAGGCAGUUCAAGUCCUGAUGGUUCUCUCUGUGGUCUUCUCCUCGGUCUCCUUCUUGGUGUUCCUCGGCCAACUGUUCACCAUGUCUAAGGGUGGACUCUUCUACUUCACUGGGCUGUGUCAAGUCUUUGCAGGACUCGCCGCCUUUUCUGCAGCUCUCAUCUACACAUUACACAAUAAGGAAAUCCUUCAGGACUCCAGGGAGCUGACUUCAGGACAUUUUGGCUACUGCUUCAUUCUGGCCUGGGUGUGUGUCCCCUUGUUGCUGUGUAGUGGAAUCAUAUACGUACACUUGCGUAAAAAAGAGUGACCAGAAAAACUUCUUGUUAAUCAGAAAUGCUAAUUUUGCUGGAGUCACAGUUGCCUAUGUUAUGAUUUUUGCUCAGGCUUUGAUUGAUGUGAUUAUGUUUUUGACUUGUGGAUACAUGUAUAGUGGAAAAGUUACCAAGGAAUAAUGGUCUAUCUUUGUAGCAAACAUCUUUUAUAUGCACAUUAUAUAAUGCUCACCUUCUAUUUUGAGACAUUUACAUUUACGUUUACUCAAAGAGGUUUUUGUUGUCACUGUUGUCCUGUGAUGGAAAACUCCAAAGCAAUGUUAUGGAUCUUUAAAAUUAGUGUCGUAAGCCUUAUAUGAGGUAUUUGGACUUUUUUUUUUGUCCCUAGAGCAAACUGGAUAUAUAAAUAUAUAUAUAUUUUUGUACCUAACAUUGAUAUGGAAUAGAUGAGAAUAUAUUUAGUAACUUCUAUCACACAAAGAAUCAGAAUGUGUACAAGUCCAUUGCUGCUGUCCUAACAUUUUUUCUUUUCAGUUGUGAUGAUAAUAAAUUACACAUUUGAUGCCAAA